AUGCAAGCCAAAUUCGAUAAGAAAGGAAAGCCAUUUGCUGGAGAGGAUUUCGAUCGCAUUCUCUGGAACUAUGAUGCCGUGUCGGACGAGCCCUGCUGUCAUUUCGUUGAUGAGCUCCUCGCCGCAUAUCCGGACUCGAAGGUCAUUCUUAACGUCCGCACCCGCGAGUCCUGGCUCAGGUCGAUGCAAAAUAGCGUUCUCACGGUCCUUUCUUGGAGGUCCUUUACUAUACUCUCAUAUCUAGACCAAGACUUCUCGGCGGGCUACUGGCCGCUUCUUAACUAUAGCACCUCGGUGCUCUCCCGGGGAAUCCCUGCCUACAAGGCUGCUGCUGCUCCAGCUCUACUCGAGUCGUUUGACCGGCAUUAUGACUACGUCCGUAAGGUAGUUCCCAAGCGGAAACUACUGGAAUUCCAUCCAAGUCAGGGCUGGAAGCCACUUUGCCAGUUCCUCGACCUUCCUAUCCCAGAAGAAGAAUUCCCAAAUCUCAAUGAGCCUAGCUCCCUGCUCCAAAUUCGCAAAAGAAUGUACUGGUCUCGAUGGUAUCAUGUUAUGCAGGAAUUUCUCAAAGCUACCUGUAUCGUGGGUGUAGCUCUGGCGGCUAUAAGGAUGGCUUAUAUAGAGCUGCGAGGCUAG